GAUCGGGGGAGCGCAGCAGGCGGGCCGCGCCGGCCGCCGCACCACCGGGUAGCCCAGGCCGCGCGCGCGCGCCGUCCAGCUCGUCUGCUGUCGCUCCUCCGUGAUGGCCGACGUCGACGUGGACGCCAACAACGAGGCCGAGCAAAGGACGCGCUCGGAGCCGGGGACCUCCAUGUCGCCGUCAUCGGAGGCCGACGACGACACGGCCAGCAGUACACCCAACGAGUCCCCGGCGCGCGCCUUCGCGGGGCACACGCUCGAGGAGCCGCCUCGGCGGCGGGCGCCGUCCCGGCGGUCCCGUCCCGUUCGGAUGCUCCAGAGCGUGUGCCGGUCGCUCCCGCUGCUGAACCCGCGGUGCGGGCGGCCGAUGAUGCAGGCCGGGGCGUGCCGGAUCGCGGCGCCGUCGUCGCGGCCCGCCGCCGCCGCCGCCGCGCCGUCGUCGGACUCAUCGAGCUCGCUGCUGACGCAGCUCAUCGCGUCGUCCUCCUUCGGCGGGGCCGCGUCGUCGCGCCGCCGCCUCACCGGCACGCUCUUCGGCUACCGCGACGGCCGCGUGUCGCUGUCGCUGCAGCAGAACGCGCGGUGCCAGCCCACGCUGGUGGUCGAGCUGGCGCUCCCGACGCACGCGCUGCUCCGCGAGCUCGGCGCCCACGCGGGCGCGCGCAUCGUGCUGGAGGUCGAGAAGCGCGCCGAGCAGGGCACCGCCGACGGCAACGAGGCCAUCGCCACCACCGACCACGACGGGUGGGUGCUGGAGGAGCUCAUGUGGACCAUGUUCUGCAACGGCAAGAGGGUGGGCUACGCGGUGCGGCGGGACCCCACCGAGGAGGACAUCGCCGUGCUGGAGACGCUGUGGGCCGUCUCCAUGGGCGGCGGCGUGCUCCCCGGCAGGUCGGACAUGGACGGCCCCGACGGCGAGAUGGCGUACAUGCGCGGGAGCUUCGAGCACACCGUCGGGUCCCGGGACUCGGAGUCGCUCUACAUGGUCGGACCGCCCGGCGGCGACUGCCCGGAGCUCGCCAUCUUCUUCGUUAGGCUAUGAAUUGAACCGAGCGAACCAUACGAAUCGAACAAUACAGUGUACACGUCGCAGUCGUGGUGUCUAAUCUCUCGCCUGGUCUCGUUCGUUGUUCAGCAGCCUCAGCUAGCGUCAGAGAUAUUAUUCAUUUGCCCCAUCAAAAGAUUUUUCAAGC